CCAAAACAUAAUAUUAAAAGCCCAGACUGCAGCGCUGUAGGCAACAUACUGAAACGGAGCCUAUAUCUACUCAAAGAGAAUGUGAUUGGAGGGGAAAGAAAGGUAUAUGGAGUCCAAAUUUUCAUGAACAUUGGCUUUUGCCACGACUCUUUACGUGGAGCGUUACAAGCAGCACCUUUGGGAAAUCAACAGAUCCAAAAACAAAUACAAAAUCAAAUCACUUGGAAAUUGUUUUGGAUUAUUGAUUAUUCAUUAUUUUAAGUGCUUCAGUAAACAUGAAACCAUAGUGAAGCCCAAGAUUUAGCAGUGAGGUAAUGGAGCUGAGAUUUGCGCCAUGGAUACAAUGUAAACAAAUUAUAAGGACAAAAGCGUUGGGCCACGCCUCUUGAUCUUCGAAUUCAGGUGUUUUCAGCCCCACGGGUUUAUACAAAUGUUUUUACUGAGGAUGUAACUUUAAAUAUUCCCACCAUUAAGAACAUUUUAGAAGGGGCUGUAAUAAAUAAUUUUAAUGUCCCAAAAUUAAUUUUAAAAAAUGAAAUAAAGAAAUAAUGAACAGCAUCGUGACGCCUUUUUUUUCAUACCAUGCAGAAAAGUGUAGUAUAGUUACGCAGUUAUGUCUUUCUUUCUAGAGUCUAUUCUAGUCAUGAAUCUCAAAUAUGAGGAUAUCUGAAUAAUGUGUGGAUUAUAAUAAUUAUUUCUAUCUGCUGAGCACAGACUCUGUCCACGGUGCUGAAGGACGUUGCCUCUGUGCGCCUUUCGUCUUUCGCAUCAAAGCAGUAUCUCUUUGCUUCACUAGAGGGCAUUACACUCCACAAUAAACACUAAAGAAAUAAUGCACCGAGGCAACGUUACGGGACUCGUUCUGCAGAGAAACUUCCAAAACUCAGGCUUAAAACUGAAAAUCAAAUCAAUUCUGAUUCCAUUUAAGCAGGUUUGGUGAGAGCGAGAAAAGUCAGCGCAGUUUCAUGCACCAUAGUCUUUUGAGCGCACAUCUGUCUUUCCGUGAGGAGGGUGGGGGGUGUCAGAGGAACAAUUAUCUUUACAGCCUAAUUUGCCCUCUCCUUUAAGCCUUUAGAACAAUGUAGGCGUGUCCUCGCCUCCUGUGUUUUUUAAACUGCGCGCCGCCUAUCCCUCUGAGCUGUGCGCACUUUGCGGAGCAGCCACUUGCUGCACACAGGAGCGGAUGCAGAGUCCAGCUCUGGUCCACCCCGGCCACAGCUCAGGCUCCGACUCAGACUCAGGACGAGCGCAGAGGAUGGAUUUCUAUCACUUCUCUUUUCUUUGCGGGGCUCUUGUGUUCGUGUGGGGCAUGCCCUGUUUCCAGACUCUCGUUAUUUUCCCUCCAGCUGCGCCGAAAAGCAGCAAAGCGGCGAAGAUUUUUAAUUCACAAGAAGCUUCUAAAUAUUUUAAGGAGUUUUACGCUCGACCCUCACAGGACAGAUACAACAAAGCAGCACCUAAAGACUUAAUUGAGCCGCAUGACUACAUGUUGUCUAUUUACAAGACAUUCUCCACGGCGGAGAAGCUGGGUCUCAAUGCCAGCUUUUUCCGUUCUUCAAAAGCUGCAAACACUAUUGCAAGUUUUGUGGACAGCGGACAAGAUGACCUCCCACUCUCCCCUCUGAGGAGACAACAGUAUCUGUUCGAUGUCUCAACCCUCUCAGAAAAAGCGGAGGUGCUGGGAGCCGAGCUCAGGAUUUACACCAAAGCGUCUGGGAAUUUCAGGAUAUCGGAAACAGAGCCUGUCGACAUCCAGCUUCUCUCCUGCCACGACCAGCAGCUGCUUGACUCCAAAACACUGGACCUGCAGGGUUCCCACAGGCCGAGGUGGGAGGUGCUGGACGUGUGGGAGAUAUUCAAGGAGCGACAACACCUGAGCCAGGGGAAGCACUUCUGCCUGGAGCUCAGGGCCGUGCUGGACAAUCCUGAGAGGGAGCUGGAUCUGCAUCUUCUGGGACUGCACCGACAUGGGAGGCCUCAGCAGAAGAAGGCCAUCUUAGUGGUCUUCACCAGGUCAAUGAAGAAGCAGACACUCUUCAGCGAGAGGAGGGAGGGGAGAGCCUUACUGGGCCUCGAGAAAAGCCCCAAAGAGAGGGGCCCUGGCACUAAAGCCAGCAGGAGACGCAGGACUGCUGCAUCCAAAACCCGCCAUGGGAAGCGACAUGGCAGGAAGUCAAAAUCCAGGUGCAGCAAGAAACCCCUGCAUGUGAACUUCAGAGAUCUGGGCUGGGACGACUGGAUCAUCGCCCCGCUGGACUAUGAGGCGUACCACUGCGAGGGGGUGUGCGACUUCCCCCUGCGCUCCCACCUGGAGCCCACCAACCACGCCAUUAUACAGACUCUGAUGAAUUCAAUGAACCCUAGCAACAUGCCUCCAAGCUGCUGCGCCCCAUCCAAACUCAGCCCCAUCAGCAUCCUCUACAUCGACUCAGGAAACAAUGUGGUGUACAAGCAGUACGAGGAUAUGGUGGUGGAGUCUUGUGGUUGCAGGUAGUACGCCCAGCAGGGGUCGUGGCUUACCUUGACCUCCUGGGAAUUGAACUGCAUCGCAGUCAACGUGGAGGAAAGCCUGUAUCUGAAAUAAAGAGAACUUUAGCAAGAUGGAGACAUCAACUAUAGUUGAGAAGCAUUUUUCUUUCAAUUAUGCAUCCAACACAGUCAUCUUGAUACCUCAAACAUCUCUUUCUGUCCAUCUCCUCAUCCUUUUUUUGUCUUUUUAAAGAAAAUCAAUCUAGUCACUUGAAACUCUGCAAUUACCACAGAUUUGUGGACAAAUAAAUAUGCAUCUCAUCGCCAAAUUAAUAAAAUACUAAAUGCAAAAAGUUGAGCAUGUUCUUGCAAAGAUUUUGAUGAAAAGGAUGAUUUCAUAUCUGUAUGCUAAACCCUGCAGCUUGGUCGUGUCCUAAAGAAAUAAAAAUUUAUUCAAACAACCACAAGAAGGUAGUCCAGAUAAAUAAAUCCACCCUGCAAUAAAUGUGGAUGUAAAUGUAUUCAGAAAAGGCAUAAAUAUGUUAUCUUUACAAAAACAGGUUCUGGUAAUACAAGCUAAGUAUACGCAAAGUGGACGUUAUGUGGCUGUCUGUUCACAACCAUUUAAUAACCAAAUUUGUUGUCAUAGUUAGUCAAACACAGCAAAGAAGCAGAAGCCACCACCAUCUGUAAAUAUCAGCGUAUUUGCUGAUGGUCUAUUACCUGUCACAAGACUGAUACAGUUGAUGAUUCAGACAUGCAAACUUUCCACUUUAUGAUGAGCUCAGCUCCUUCUGGAAGUUAGAAGCGUGAGAAUGGUUUCCAUACACAAAUCCAGGAAUCUUCAACAAAGAAUAAACCUUCAGUUAAUAUACUGAACCUUUCAAAAGAUCAAAAGAUUGGAUUAAAUUAAAUGUGUAAUUUGUGUAACUUUUAGACUCUUUAUAUAAAACUUAAAGGAUUUCGAAAGGAAACUAUAUUAGCAAUGAAUCACCCACAACAAUAAAACCAUCUGCCAAACUUGGACACAGCUCUAACCCAUGAGGGCAUGGAGACAGGAUGUCUGGUACCAGAGACCUGGUUCUAAAACAUUUUAAAGAAGUCAAAAAACAGCUUUUAAGCGAUUAUUAACAAUGAAAUAAAUAUCUACUUUGAGUUUAUUAAGCAGAGGUGUAUGUCAUCAGUGUGGCAACUUCAUUCUUAGUUUGUUUCAUAUCUAUAACAUCCACUUUGCUCAGACACAGUGGCAGUGGUUCUUUUGAGCUCUGUUCUUUAAAGGUGAGGCUUCCACGGAUGCUUGGAUUAGACUGGGAGUGGGGAGUCUUGAGGUUAAGUCAAUGAUCUGAGCUCCUUAUCAUAUUCUUAGGUAGUUGCUUCAGUGUAGAUGGGCAUAUUGUGCCCACUGCCAUCGAGGAGUCUACCUGUUAUCUUACUUGUCUAAUGAACAUCCACAUGAAAGCCAGAAUCUUAGGUUUCCCAGCAGAUCACUGCAUUGUAUAUGGUUUAUGUUAUUCCCAUCAGCUGUCAGUGGUUUUAUUGUUUUGGCACAAUUUUUCUCUGGUCAUUUUCAAAAGAAGGCCUUGGAGUAAAAAAAAAAUAAACUAUCCAGAUCUCUUCGUCUGUUAGCUCAGUGGUUUAUAUGAUAUGUAAUAACUUUACAUCCAGUUUCACUAGAACAAUAAAACGUGUCCAGUUAGUUAAUAUAGAAUUUUUGCUGACUGAACAAACUGACUGAUUACGCUCUUUCCAGCUGUUUCUUCUGUAAACCAAAUCAUUAACUUCAGGUAAACAUGUUCCGCAUAAUGGAAGUUUUGAUUUUUAUCCCUGCCAGGAUUAAAAUAGCAGAUUUUCAGCACCUGACAUGGCCUAUGACUCAGGGAACGUCUUCCGAUCGACCAACGUUCACAUCUUUUCAUCAAAACCAUCGUGGGGUUUCGCACCACUUUAUGUUUAAGAUGAUUAUAUAGAUGCAAUAACUUUGUCUGUAAUGCACUGAUGGUCAAAGGUGCCAUGUGUAAAUAUUUGGUAUGGAAAUAAUAAUUUAAGUCAUGUGAGUAAAUUAUUGCAUUUACUUUGUCCGCUUUGUUCUGUUACAACUUCCAGACGGCGCGAGUCACACAUCUGGAGGUUCAGGCUCAAAUAAACACACAUGGGUAAUGUUUUUGUAAAGAAAUGUGACAGAUUGUGAAAUAUCAGAUUUCUAUCAGUGUUUUUAAUGUAUAUAUAUAAACAGGAAAUAAUUAUCCACUGAGACAAAAAAGAAAAAAAGAUUAUUUUUGGUGUUGUGUUUAUCUUAGCGGCACAUUUUAACUUUUCAUACUUUAUGCUCUGCAAUAUUUACAGGCAUCCAAAAAUAAUAUAUUACAACAACUGAUAGAGACAGUGUUGUGGCACACUGUGUUUUAUUGGAACCUCUCAUUUCUAUAAUAAAAGUGUGCUACUCUAUGAAGCAGAAAUUCCUGAAUAAUGUAUUUUUGCAGCAUUAAAUAGUCUAACCAAAUUAACAUAUAAAAUGUAUAAAGAUGCACAUUAAAACUUACAAUGUUUUCUUGCUGAUGUUUUGAAUGUAUUUAUUUAUUUUUUGACAGUUUUAGUGCUAGUACCAUAUUUCUUAUAGUGAUUACUCUUAACAUGACUUUUUUUGUAUUGUAAAAAAUGCCAGCUCUUUAUUGGCCCAGAGUCUGUAAACAGUAAAUUAAACAACAUUGUAACAGAAGGACACUGAGACACCUGGAAGAUGCAAAAGUAGCAUAACCAAAUUGAGCCAAAUAUCAGCUGGUCUACACCUGCAGGAGUGCUGUUGAUUCUCUUACUGACCCCAAACUUUGCAAUAUCUUCAAAAUGAAGCAUUAACUACUCAA